GCCACCGCCGUCUACGACCCCCUGAAACCGCGCCAUAAUCUUCCACUUUUUGAACUGUAAAAGUCAGCCUUCUUUUAAUGGUGGGCAGUGUAACCCCAGUUCUAAACCCACAGUCCACAACAGGGCCUACCCUUGUUCGUUUCAGGACCCCACCUUCAACCCGCACUAACCCUUCUUCCUAUUGGUCCAGCCGACGCUAACGCGUGGGGCGGCUACCUUUCUAAUUACCCUUAAAUAUCAGGAGGGUCUCUCGCUCGGUGGCUAAUCUAAUCAGUAAAUUCAGCUUGUUCUUAAGUCUUAUCAUGGAUUCCCCUCAAUCCGUUGUUUCCCCAUUGAAGAACUCGCCCAUUGCUGAGCCCGAGAGGCAGAAACCCAAUUUCUUCGGUCGGAUGUCUGAUACUCCAUCGAAGGAAGUUGAGGUUAACCGAAAAGAAGUGGUGAUGUAUAACUCGGAGGAAAUUAUUGGUACACUUGACGUAUGUAUUCACCAGGCUAGAGACAUUCAUAAUAUCUGCAUAUACCAUAAGCAAGAUGUUUAUGCUAAGCUUUGUUUAAGUAAUGAUCCUGAUGAUUCUCUAUCCACCAAAAUCAUUAAUGGAGCUGGGAGGAACCCGGUCUUCAAUGAAAAUCUUUGUUUGAAUGUUCGGAGCGUCGAUGCUUCCCUUAAAUGUGAGAUAUGGAUGUUGAGUAGAGUGAGGAAUUAUCUGGAAGACCAGUUGUUGGGGUUUGCCGUGGUUCCGUUGACUGAAGUUCUUGUUUACGAUGGAAAGUUAGAGAAAGAGUUUUCUCUUUCUUCGACCGAUUUGUUCCAUUCUCCUGCUGGAUUUGUUCAACUAUCUCUUGCAUACAACGGAACCUCGCCUGACGUGAUGGCUGUUCCUAAAGCUGCCUUGGAAUCGUCUGCAACGUUGAAGGAUUCUGAAAUAUCCGAGUCGCUAGCUAGUGAUUUGGAUAAGAUAGAGUUUCCAGAUCCUAAGAUAGUAAACGAGGAUGAGAUGAUGGUGUCUGAGUAUUUCAGCAUCCCGUGCUCUAAUCCGGAGUCUGAGGCCUCUGAGAGCCUAGCCACUUCUGGUACCGAAGAUCAUCUGAGUUCAGAAUUAGGCGCGCAUAAUGUAGAAAGCUUCUCGACAGCUUCUGUUGAGUCUAUCCAGCUUCCAAAGCUCGAUUCUCCACCUAGCAGCUUGUCAACGAAUGGAGUGUCCUCACCUUCCGCACCAACAAGCUCAGAGUCAUCCGAUGUUUCAGAAGCUUCAAAGCCUCGAACUAAGGAACCAAUCGAAAAGGAUAAGUGUGGGGAUGUUAAGAACGGCGAGGCUGAUUCGUCUGUUGAGGUACCAAGUGAUUCAAUCUCAAAGCCUGUUAUCUCUGUGAACAUUGAGCCAGAACAAAAUGUAGUGCAGCAGGACAUUGUUGAUAUGUAUAUGAAAAGCAUGCAGCAAUUUACCGAGUCGUUGGCAAAGAUGAAACUUCCUCUGGACGUCGAUAAUGGACCAACCAGUUCAGAAAAUUCAACCUCUGAUGAGAAAACACCGUCCUCAAAGAACGGUAAUGCACGAGUAUUCUAUGGAAGCAGGGCUUUCUUCUAAACUGUGGUAUCUACAUUUUAGACGAAGACACAAAUAACUCUAGAACUAUAGGACGAAUACUACUAUCAGUAGCGGAAUGUAAUAAUGUAUCUGUGUAGACUGGUGUUUCCUGUCGUAUGUUGGUUUGUCCGGGACGAUAGUAAAUCAUGGCUUCUACACCUUACGAACUCGGUCCUAUCAUGAUCAUCGGUGUAAGCAUGAAUCAAUUACUAUUCCUCGUUGUAACAAUUAACUUUCGAAUGCAACUUCUAAUUAUGUGAAAUCAAAAUCAUAUCAUUUAUAUGUUGGUCCCA